CUGUUUGACGCUGUGACUCGGCAAGAUGGCUGCGCGCAUAGUGCUGCAGAAGCAGUUCCACUGUGCACUUUUAAAUGCAAAAUUAAGCACUUUAUUGACGGGAAUAAGAAGCUGCUCGGUCCUGUCCUACUCAAGAUCUCAUGAAGAAUUCACAUCUAAAAGAGUACGGCGGAAGUUUAUCGACUUUUUCAAGGAAGGUUAUGAACACCGAGUGGUGCCGUCCUCCUCCGUGCGUCCCAGAGGAGACCCGAGUCUUCUGUUCGUCAAUGCAGGAAUGAACCAGUUUAAGCCAAUUCUUCUGGGCUGUGCGGACCCCCGCAGUGAGAUGGCAUCAUACAGGCGGGUGGUAAACAGUCAGAAGUGUGUCCGCGCCGGAGGCAAACACAACGACCUGGAGGAUGUGGGGAAGGACAUGUACCAUCACACCUUCUUCGAGAUGCUGGGGAACUGGUCGUUUGGUGAUUACUUCAAGGUGGAAGCCUGUGCAAUGGCCUGGCGUCUUUUAACGGAAGAGUACGGCAUUCCUGCAGAGCGCUUGUACGUCUCAUACUUCUCUGGAGACGCGGCAAAUGGUCUCCCUGCCGAUGAGGAAACACGGCAAAUCUGGCUCAGCAUAGGAGUGCGGCCGGAUCACCUGUUGCCAUUUGGAAUGAAGGAUAAUUUCUGGGAAAUGGGUGAGACGGGUCCGUGUGGCCCCUGCACGGAGAUUCACUAUGAUCAUGUUGGGAAUCGGAACGCCGCCUCGCUGGUCAAUGCAGACAGUCCGGAUGUGGUGGAAAUCUGGAAUCUAGUUUUUAUGCAGUAUAACAGGGAGGGCAAUGGUAGCCUGCGAGCUCUGCCCCAGUGCAGCGUGGAUACUGGGAUGGGUUUAGAGCGACUGGUGACCGUACUGCAGGGAAAACGCUCCAACUAUGACACAGAUCUUUUCACACCUCUUUUGUCUGCCAUCCACCAGUGCUCUAAGGCUCCUGCAUAUCAGGGCAGGGCUGGAAAGGCUGAUGCGGGUCAGGUAGACAUGGCCUAUCGGGUCGUGGCGGACCACAUUCGAACAAUCUGCGUGUGUAUCGCUGACGGCGUUUAUCCAGGCAUGACAGGCGCUGAACUGGUGUUAAGACGUAUCUUGAGACGUGCUAUAAGGUUUUCUACAGAAGUGCUGCAGGCCCCCGAGGGUGCGCUGGCAAGCCUGGUGCCUACUGUCGCUCAUAUACUGGGUGAUGCCUAUCCUGAGCUGAAAACAGAGUCUCAGAGGAUCAUGGAUCUUAUUAAUCUAAAUGAAGCCCAGUUUCUGUCCUCACUAAAGCAGGGCAGGAGGGUGAUUGAUAGGACUCUUAGCAAUAUGGAUGAAGACUCGCCUGUUUUUCCAGCCUCAGUUGCCUGGUCGCUACAUCGUAACCUAGGCUUCCCUCUUGAUCUCAUUGACCUGAUGCUGGAGGAGAGGGGCAAGAUAGUUAAUAAAAAAGAAAUGGAGGUGCUUGAAGAUGAAUAUGAGAAGUUGAGGUUUCAGUCGGAGGAGGAUGAUGGAGAUAGGGUGGACCAGCUGGAUCUUCAUAGUCUGGCGGAGCUACAAAGCCAAGGAGUUCCUCACACGGAUGACUCGCUGAAAUACGGUUACAGUCUGGGGUCUGAUGGACAAUAUGUUUUUGAGCCUUGCAGAGCAUCAGUCCUGGCACUCUACCGUGAGGGGUCUUUGGUUUCAGAGGUGCGUGAAGGUCAGCACUGUGGUGUGAUUCUGGACCGGACCUGCUUUUACGCAGAGCAGGGCGGACAGGCGCACGACCAGGGUUACUUCACCAAGGAUGGAUUACAGGAUGUGCUGUUCCCUGUGGAUUGUGUCCGUCUGGCUGGGGGUUACGUGGUACAUCAAGUCACGGCAGCAGAGACUUUGAGAACUGGAGACCAAGUGCAUCUUCAUGUAGACGAGGCUCGGCGUCUGGGCUGCAUGGUCAAGCACACUGCCACACACGUGCUAAACUUCGCCCUGCGAGAGCUGCUAGGUUCCUCUGUUAGCCAGCGAGGGUCUCACUGCACUGCCAGCCGCCUCCGCUUUGACUUCAGUGUGAAGGGCUCCCUGAGUGUAUCUGAGCUACAGCAAGUUGAGGAGUUGGUCCAGAACAUCAUCCGUCAAAAUGCAGAGGUGCACAUAGAGGAGGUCCCUCUGUCUAGAGCUAAACAGAUUCCAGGUCUGAGAACUGUAGAUGAGGUGUAUCCAGAUCCAGUGCGAGUGGUAUCCGUGGCUGUACCUAUUUCAGAUCUGCUUACCUCAAACACCGCCGGACAAUCUUCAGUGGAGCUUUGCUGUGGCACGCAUUUAUUGAGGACGGGAGCAAUUGGAGACUUCAUCAUCGUGUCUGAGCGACAGAUGGUGAAAGGCAUUAGCCGUAUCAUUGCUGUUACUGGAGAUGAAGCCAAAAAGGCCCGUGAGGCGGGCCAAGCCAUGCAGGAAGAGUUGGAGUCUUUGGUGGUACGGGUAGGAGUCCCAAGCGUCCCGUCUAUACCAGCAGCUCAGAGGCUCUCCAAAGAGAUUGGCCUCCUUAUGAAUGUGGUUGAUAACACCCCUAUCCCACAAUGGCAGAGACGAGAGUUGCAGACUCGCCUGAAAGCGAUGCAGAAGAGUAGCAACACCGCCAUCAGAAAAUUGGAGAUCAAUGAGGCUGCCUUGAAAGCCAAAGAGCUGCUGAACAAACACUCCAAUAAAACUGUGCUGGUGGACUUGAUUCAGACAGACUCGAUAUCGGUGCUGAUGAAGACUGUGCUCAAGCUGAGCAAGAGCACUCCAGAUUCCCUGGUCAUGUUGUUUUCUCACCUGCAGCUGUCAGGGAAGGUGAUUUUCGCCUGUCAAGUACCCAAGGGCUCCACUGGUGGUUCAGCGAUCGAAUGGGCUCUUCAUGUUUGCGCACGCUUGGGAGGAAAUGCAGAUGGCUCAAACGAGGUUGCUAAAGGUUUUGGAAAUCCAGCCAAAGCCUCAGAUGUUACAGAGAUCCUGCACUGGGCUGAAGAAUUUGCUCACAGCAAAAUCAGAAAUGCAUCCUGAACAGACUAAUCUUGGAUAAUCAUUGACACAUAGGAUCCGCAUACCAUAAUGGAAAUGCGUCCUUAAAAAUGAGGAUAUUUUAUGAUCCUGUUCCUUUGUUUUAAAAGGGUAGGGCAUAUAUUAUAUAUAUUUUAUUUUGACAUUAAAUAUUAAGUUAUUCCUCUGUUUUUGGUACACUUUAUAUAGUAAGUUUGGUUCAAGAAAAUGUUUUUGAAUUCAAGAAAUGGCAUUGCUCUAAAAUUUGUAAAUACAAAAAAAAAAAAUGAAUACAUUAUUUAGACUAUCUAAUGUGUCUGUGUCAGUUAAAUGCAAUAAUCAUGUAUGAAAUAAAAUAAUUGUUCAUUGUGUCAGAGCGCCGCCCUGCUGGCUAGAAUCUUCUAUUAUCCUUCAUCGGAGAAUCACAGUACUCAGUCACCAGAGGGAGACAAAAAAUGCUUUAAAGACUCGCACCUACAAACUGAUGCCGAUAUACAAAACUGAAAUCACCUCAAAUUCCUAAUUGAAAUAAUUGUCUCCUUACACUUUAUAGACAUAGUCUACUCUGUGUUUUUCCGCUGACUUGCAGUUCUACACUGCUGUUUUCAUUGAGUCGUGUGUGAUUUUUCCAUUGAGUUUUAAUAAUGUGCAUUCUGUGAAUGACAUUUCAUCAUAUGCAAAAUGCUAAUUAAUUUUCUUAAACAUCCCAUUUAGGUUUGAUUUAUAAUUGAUUAAAAAAUGUCUUAUUACAUUUACUGAGAACAGUGUGUAUAUGCAAGCCUGAACACGAAGACUUGUGUUGCAGCGCUGAUUGGUUUCCAAGAAACAGACAGUUUAACACUACAACUCGAGAAACAAAGUACAUUCCACCAUGGCAGGCAAUGAAAUAUAGGCUACCUACUGUUUUAUUCCUGACAUUGACAUACUCUAACGUUUUAAUGUCUUAUUUUAGUUCUGUACUACCAAAUGGAAAAGCACCAUGGCGUAUUUGAGGUAUGUGUAUACAGAAAGGUUUGUGUAGUAUUAUAGCCUAGUGUUGUAAACUUGUAGUACUCGAAACCAUUUUUUUUUUUUUUUUUUAAUGUCUUGGGAUUUUAUUGCAAGACCAGAACUGCUGGGAUAUCACUAAAUUGCCAGUGCACGGUCUGGUUCAGUGGCGCCUGCAGCUGUUAAUGCCGUUUUUAUUUUUUACAUCAUUUUUAAAUUGAUUAUUAAAAUCUAUGUGCGUACACUCAUGACAAGAUAGCAAGAGAGAAUGAGAAUAAAUAAAGGUGUGCGUUUGUGUGUUGUAAAGUCAAAUGUGUGUAUGUGCGUCCAUGGGUGGGUGUGGGAGAUAGGGGUGAAAAGAAAUCUGAUUGGCUAGUUUAGUUUCGUCGUUUUUUCCACACAUGAAAAAUUACGUUACCGAUAGUUAAUGUUUAAAAACAGGCUCAAAAUUGAGUAAACUCUCUCUAAAACAGCUAAAUUCGACUGAAACAUUUGCAAAAAGGCCUAAAACGAUUGAGUAGGGAUGGAGAAAUGAAGCCUCUUAAAUCUUUGAAGCUUUUCUCUAAAUGUUUCGGGAAAGGUUUCAAAGCAUCAAGAGUGUCGAAAACAGUGCCAUCUUGUGGCAGGUAAAAUCUACAGCAGCCAAUAACCUGAGUGCGCAGCUAAGUCGUUUUUAUCCAUUAAGCACAAACAAAUAAUAUUAAUGUGUAUUCACAUAUUAAAGUUUGGCAAUAGAUGAAAUGGAUCAUCAAAAACAAUAAUUAUAAUACUAAUAAUACUAAUAAUACAUACUGAGUUGUUUGAGGCAAGUAAAUUGUGCUGUUAUUUUAUUGUAAAUACUGUUUAUAUGACAGAACAUAUGAUGAUGUAAUAUGGCUACAGGCUUAUAUAUUUAAAGUGUUUAGUAAAUGGACUUUUUUCCACCAGCACGUCCCUUUAGGGGCUCCGUAGAAACGUAUGCACUUAAUUAUGUUCUUAUACAUUUUUAAAAAUAGCAUUUUUAUUCUUGGUAAUGUAAUGUGUGAAUGUGAUAUGAUAUGAUAGCUACCUGAAUCGCAACAAAGCGCUGUUCGCCAGAAGAGAACUGGCCCCCCCGACUAAGCCUGGUUUCUCCCAAGGUUUUUUUCUCCAUUUUAACACCUAUUUGUCACCUGUUUGCCACCUGAUGUCACCUGUUGGAGUUUGGGUUCCUUGCCGCUGUCACCUUUGGCUUGCUUAGUUGGGGACACUUGACAUUUGAUAUUCAACAGUGCUUUGCAUCUGCCUGCAUUGACACCAUUUUCUUUAAGAGCUGCUGUGCAGCCAAAAUUAUAUACCAGUUAUCACUGUAAAGCUGCUUUGACACAACCUGCAUUGUAAAAAGCGCUAUAUAAAUGAAGGUGACUUGACUUGAC